GUGUUCACGAAUCUCGAAAAUCUGAAGUACUACGAAUUUAAUCCGUUCCUUGUCUCAUUCGUUCUUACGUUCGACAAGGAAGUAGAAAAGACGGAAAACGUCUUCAUCAAGUACUUCUUGAACGCACUGGAAUGGAACAAAGAUAAAGAGGAGAGGGCAUGCGAAGCAGACCAAUCAGAUAAAGAUGGUGAUCAAGUGGUUAUGGACACAUAUUCGAGAAUAUACGUUUCACUUGUGUGCUAUGUCUGUAUGAAAUAUAGGUUGCGAACCGCUGUCCAUCUGACGAGUUAUUACGGUGUGAUCGUGAUGCUGAUAAAUUGUAUAGAACAGCCGUGUAACGACGAUUACGUGAACGCAAUGAAGACGAACAUCCUUGGAAUCGUUUUUGAUUUGGAUGAAAAACGGAGGGAUGAUGUAAAGGCACUUUACUCCACCUUUUUAAAAGAUAAAGAAAGUGAAAACAUGUCUGAUUACCUGCGUUUUUACAGAAAGUUUUCGAAAAAGAUGGAAAAAAAAAUGAAAAGAAGCGUAGAUAGGAAAAGAUGAUCAUUGUAAAGUUCUUCGAUGUGCGGUACCAACCAAACUGUAGCCAAAAUUCGUACACCGGCAUUAAUAUGAACCGUUAUUGUGAUAUGACCUUUACACGUUUAGGAAGAUGUUUUGCGUGUUAAGAGUGCAUCUAUCCACGUUAAUAAAUGUUAUUUAACUGCAAUUAGCUUGUAUCACGAUUUAAGUAAUUGUUAUACCGGAACAGAGCACUACUAUCUCAGUAAACACAGUACCGAAUUGGCACUGUU